AUGAUAGUAGAGGAGGAGGACCUCGGCACCGACUUCUACGCUGCCCGCUGUGACGAAGAGGUUCAGGAGAAUGACGUUGAUGAGUGCGAGGUGCCGAGCGCGGACGAGUUCACGGUCGCCAUCCUCGGAGACCUGCACGUCGAUCCACGAAAACUGGACGACUACGCCGAGGGCCGGUCGCACAUCGUCCCCGUGCUUGAGGACGCCGCAUCACGAGGCGUUGGCGCGGCGCUGGUAUCACUGGGCGACCUGGGCGAGUCCAAGCCGUGCUGGGAGGGCUCGCCCGAGCUGUAUGCCGGGACGACGGCGUGCCACGAUCAUGCGGCCGAGUACCUCUCCUCCUUUGGCGUGCCGUACGAGGUCGUGGGCGGAAACCACGACCUCGAGGGCAUUGACGAGUUUGCCACCGAUGCAGAGAACCUCGAGGCCUUCUGCCGCAUCCACGGCAAGCCUGCGCCGCAGUUUGUGCGCGAGAUUGCCGAUAAGACGGUCCUCGUCGGUCUCACGUCGACCAUCUUCCGCGGCGCAAAGUACACGUCGCACGAGGUGACGGUCGACGACGAGCAGCUCUCCUGGUUCGAGGACUUUGUCGCCUCCAAGCCGGCGGAGGAGGGCUGGAAGCUCUUCGUCUUUACGCGCCGCCUCGUCACGGCUGCGGGUGUGAGCAGGCACGCGCCGCCGAUGGGCUCCGGGCUGAGGGUGCUGCAGGAGAACCACGUCGUCAACGGCUGCUGCUGGCUGAACCACUCUGGCGGCGAGAAGGCGGACCCGCGCACGACGCGCAAGUUCAUCGAGCUCGACUCGAUCACCUUCCCGACGGUGCCGCGGGAAGAGGGCCCGUACCCGAACCGCGGAUCGUGCGUCUUUGUGCAGGCCGGAGUGAUGCGCGGCGGCUGCUCGCGCGACGGACGGCGCCAGUCGCGCCUGCUGCGCGGCAACAAGGCGGGGUUCGAGAUCCUGACGGUCAACCACGCAAACGGAGGCUCCGUCCGGCUCGACGCCACCAUCACCUACAAGGACAGCGGGCACGAGGUGUACUCGCCCUCGGCUGGCGACGGCUGCUACGUGGGCGACGACGACGCGCUCUCGGGCGAGUGCGUCGGCGAGGAGGCGGCGGCGGGAGGGCUGCGCCUGCACGAGCCUUGCGUGUACGACGGGCGGCUGAUUGAGUACGACGCGUCGACGCUGGCGCCGCUCGGGCUGGUUGUGGGUGCGGACGAGCUGGACGGGAGGAGGGUGGUGGUGGUGGGCUCGGGCGCGGACGAGUGCGUCACGCUGCCCAAGAAGAGCUCCUUCGACUUCGACAUGCAGGGCGCCGAGUGCGCCUCGGCCGAGGGCGAAGGCGAGGAGCAGGCGGUGCUGCUGGUCGACGACGAGUCGGCGACAGUGACGGUGGUGCAGCCCAACGAGGACGGCUCCUACUGGCGCAAGAUCGUCCGCAACAAGAUGGUCGCGAAGGCGACGCCCUGCGAGACGCGCCGGUCGCUGCGGGAGGUGGGGUAGGGAUCUCCGUCUACCGGCCCGGGUAUGAGCGCUGACCCGAGACGGCGCGUGGUCGGCGCGGCCCUCGACUCAGGAGGGUGGGUCGCGCGCUCAUAGCACAUAGGGGGAAGGGGUCGGUCAAACUAGAGUUUAUCUUCAGUAGGUUUCUCCUCGUACGCGAUACGCACGUACUGGUGACGUAAAUUUCC